AUGUCGUCCAACAACACCUCGGCCAGUGUCUCCAUCGAUAAGUUCGAUGGGGACAACUACUCAACCUGGUGUCGCUACAUGCGCGGCGUGUUUCUGACGAAGUCAGUCUGGUACGUCGUGAACCGCGAAACGUCUCCAACCUUCACCGACACGCGAGCUUCCGACGAGUACGUCAAGGCGAGCAACAUCGCGUUCGGGUUGAUGUUGCUCCACAUGGACGCCGACUACCACCAUGUGGUCGACAACUGUGAAGAAGCAUGGACAGCGUGGUCGCGGUUGAAGAUGCUCUAUGGUGGGUCGCAGAAGGCGGGACGCAUCUACCUCAAGCGCCAGCUGUUCAGCAUCAAGAUGGCGGAAGGUGCCAACGUCUUGCACCAUUGCAACGAAGUCUUGAACAUCGGCGCCAAGCUCAGCAGCAUCGGUGCCAAGAUGGAAGACGAAGACAUUGCGAUCUGCUUGCUGCUCAGUCUCCCGAAGAGUUUCGAGAACGUGGUUCUGAACUUGGAGAUGAGCAAUGCAGAGCUGCGCACGCAAGAUGUGGUCAAGGUGCUGACUAACGAGCACAUCAAGCGACAAGGCGAGAAGAUGACAACGGCAACGACAACGGUGAAGACUGAAGAUGCGACAAAGGCAUUCAGUACCGAGCGCAAGCCCUACCAAUGCACAUACUGCGGCAAGGUGGGGCACACGGCAGAGCGUUGCUGGACGAAGCAAAAGGAUGAAAGUCGAGGAGCCCAACGCGGCGGCAAUGGUCGUGGACGCGGGGCAAACAAUGUCCAGUGGCGACAUUAUGAUGAAGGCAACAGCUACGAUCGAGUGGCGUUUGCAGUUUCGUUCGAAUGCGGAGUUUCGACGAACAAGAAUGGACCAGGAAUGUGGGCCGUUGACAGCGGGGCAACACAUCACAUCUGCCACGACAAGUUCAAGUUUGCAAGCUUGGUCGAAGGCAAUGAUGGCGAGAUCCUGGUGGCUGAUGGCAACAAGGCGGCCAUCAAAGGUGUGGGGACCAUCGUGGAAAAGGUGAUUCUGCCAAACGGGGAAGAGCGCGAGAUCGAGAUCAAGAACGCGCUCUAUGUGCCCAGCAUGAGCAAAAAUCUGCUCUCGGUGCCGCAGAUUAACAAGCACGGCAACUUCCAAGUGGUGUUUGACGGGGAUACGAUGUACGUCACUCGCAAGGAUUCCAAUCAAGUGGUGGCAGCUGCGGAUCUUGUAGACGGACUCUACUGGCUUCGCACGACGCAGCGAUCGGCCAAUGCGACAUCACUCAGCAACGCUGUUGAUCUACAUGCGCGAAUGGGCCAUGCUCCAGUCGACGUGCUUCGCAGGAUGGUGACAAGCCACAUGAUCAAGGACGCUCACAUCCCUUCCAAGCCGAAUGGAUCAAGUGUGUGUCGAGGAUGCCAAGAAGGGAAGAUGGUCCAAAAACCAUUCCCGAGCAACCGUGACAAGCGCACCUACAACACCUUCGAGAUGCUCCACUUCGACAUCUGCGGACCCAUGGAAGAAAAAUCUCUGGGUGGCAGCAAGUAUCUGCUGCUGAUCGUGGAUGAAGCCAGCGGAUGCAUGAAGGGUUUUUGUCUGCAUUCCAAGUCAGAGAGCGAAGAGUGCAUCAAGAAGUACAUCACGAUGAUACAGACGCAGUUCAACAAGAAGGUCAAAUUUGUGCGACACGAUGGAGCCCGCGAGUUUGCGACGAAUUCGCUUCAAGAUUUCUACGAAGUCGAAGGCAUCGAGCAACAAACCACGGUGCCAUACGCACAUCAAGCCAAUGGAACUGCUGAACGCGCGAUUCGAACUAUCGUCACCAUCGGUCGUAGCAUGCUCCAUCAUGCCAAGUUGGACAAGUGCUUCUGGGCUGAAGCGGCAAUGACGGCCGUCUAUGUGAAGAACCGUUUGCUGUCACCCAAGAUUCCACACAAGACACCGUUCGAGAUUGUCUACAAUUCUAAGCCAAGUGUCAAGCACAUGCGCGUUUUUGGGUGCCAAGCAUACAUCUUGACCCCGAAGGAGAAACGACUCAAGUGGGAUCCCAAGGCCCGGGCUGGAUUGUUUUUGGGCUACGAAGAAGUGUCCAAGGCGUAUCGAGUUUAUGACAUCGAAGCGGGGCAGGUGAUGCUAAGUCGCGAUGUCAACUUCGAUGAGUCGGCCUUUGGAAUGUCGAUGCUGAUUUCCGAUGACGAUGUUGAUGGCCUGGACUUCGAAUCGAUCGAUCUUGAUGAUGAAGAACCGCGUCCGAGACACUUCAAACAAACAGGAAAGCGCAAGGCCCAACCCAGUCACGACAAUGACGACGCAAGCAUGCCCCCGAGCAGUGCGCCAACGACCCGGAUUGGAAGAGUCAAGUGCGCCGGAUGA